AUGUCAUCAGAAGCAGCUAUCACUUACGAUAACAACUUGAGCAGUAAAAAUCAGUUUAGUCAUCUCGCAUCGUCAUCUGGAUCAGCACCAGCAUCAUCAUCACUUAUGGCACACGACGGCUCAGCGGGUGCGGGUGUGGGUGCUACUGCUGGGAACCUACCCCCAGGAUUAUUAAACAACUCAUCACUAUAUGCAAAUCUGCCACAGUAUUCACUUGCACUGCAACAUCAACAUCAGCAUCAGCAUCAACAACUGCAACAACUGCAGCAACAACAUCAACAACAUCAACAACAACAGCAACAGCAACAUCAACAACAACCUCCACCAUUGCAGCACUCUCAUUCGCAUCAGGAACACUUUAGCCAGCCGCAAUACCAACAUCAGCACUCAUCGCAUGGACAAUCCCCACCAAUUACUGGGUUAUUAAAGAUUUCCAAUCUACCUCGCGAUCUUACGAGAAGAGAAGCAACUUUGAUGUUUGCUCUUGUUAUUGAUGAAAUCUUGAGUAUUGAUGUCAAUGAUUACCAGGUGUAUGCGUUGUUCAAGAAUUUCAAUUCAUGUAUAACAGCUGGUAAGCUUCUUGAUGGUCAGCAAAUCUUUGGACCAGAAUAUGCCCCUGUGAAAGUUGAAUUUGAAAAUAGCCUUCAUUCAUUAAACUCACCACAAGCUUUGGCACAAACACAAUCGGCGUUUAAUGCGUUGUCGUUAUCAUCGACCAACAACAUCUCCCCACCAAACAAGUUCAAUAGUAUUUCCAAUUCGCAUGGAUCAUUGCCCUUUUCACAAUCGCAUCAACUUUCGAAUGAUUUUAAUACGUCUACUCAGAGCGCUCAUCCUGUUGCCCCAUUUGAUGUAUUACAAAAGCGACUGUCGGUGGGUACACAGCGAUCUAAAUUUGCCUUCAGUGAUCCAUUUUUACACGAGCAGCAGCAGCAGCAGCAGCAGCAGCAGCAACAAACUCACUUUCAACCUCAACAGCAAAGACUUUCCGGCUCUGGGCUUCAAUCUGGGCUAACAAAUGGCAGCGGCAGUGGCUCUACUCAGUCGCAAACACAACUGGGCUCCAAGUUUAAUUUUCAAUCGCAGAUGCUAUCUGAUGGGUCGUCGCAAGUUGGGGGUUUAACAAAUGGAUCAUUAGGGUCAAGGACUAGUGCUGGGGUAGGUGACUAUUCCGAAGCAACGGGAAAAUCGAUUUUGUUGAUGGAGUCACAAAAUGACGCCAGAGAUUAUGAACAGUUGGUUAGAGAUCCGUGGACUUCAAAUCAAAACAAUGAUAGGUUGUCUGCGGCACAUAGCCCCACAGUGUAUUCCAAUCCUGAUUGGAACACUUCAGCAGGAACUUCCGCCACUAGUGGUGCAUCUGGCUUUGCUUUACAACAACCACCAGACCGCCGAAGAACCUCGUCUUCGUUUUUCAGCUCGCAAUUGCCACUGGACCAUUUACUGCAACAAUUGUCAUCACCACCGCAUCGUGCAAUAGCACCGAACCAAACUCCACCACAUGGUCCUUCAGCAUCCGGAUUGAGGUCAGCUUUGCAACAAGCAAGUGGAGUCAAUAGGACAGAUUACUCUAGUGGGAAUCAGCAACAGAAGUCACUCGCGAAUAAAGCUCAAACUUCACCAGCAGCCCUUGUCAAUGCUAGUCCUUCAGCAAAUGCUACCUCAUUUCAAUCGGCAAGCAAAAAUCCCACCUCCAAAGACAUCCCUGAGCUUUCGCUUUUGGCGAGAGUUCCUCCACCUGCCAACCCAGCAGAUCAGAAUCCGCCAUGUAAUACAUUGUAUGUUGGCAACUUACCUCCCGAUGCAACUGAAGCUGAAUUACGUGCCUUAUUUCAACCACAAAAGGGAUUUAGACGGUUAUCAUUUAGGACAAAGAAUUCAACAAACAAUAACACUGGUAGUUCCACUUCAACAUCUACGUCAACAGGAUCAGGAAGCUCAAACUCCAGUGGGCACAAUCAUGGUCCUAUGUGUUUUGUGGAAUUCGAGGAUGUAGCUCAUGCAACCAGAGCGUUGGCCGAAUUGUAUGGACGAACUUUACCACGACCACAUGUUGGUAAUAGUGGUAAAGGUGGGAUUCGAUUAUCGUUUUCCAAGAAUCCGUUGGGAGUUCGAGGUCCAGGAAAUGUGCGGAGAACUUCAACCAACCCCUUGAGUGGAGGUAGUAGCCAACAAGGAGCAACAAAUGGCGCAGGUGGAACCACCACUACAAAUGGUAUGCAAGAAAGUACCACUCUGCACAAACAACAAUCGUCAUCACAAACUCUGACACAACAACUGAGUAGCGGGAAUGGGACUACCAACGGUUCAAACGGAAGUAAAUGGGGAUAA